AUGCUACUCAACCGUGGGUCGAUACGGAGGGAAAAGUGUUCUAAUGCUGGAAGCAAGCAAAUUGGGAAAGUAGCUUCAGCCACAGAUAAGACUGCAACUCGUUCAAGCUGCAUAGCAGAGGAAGUUAUAAUCCAUGAAUUGCUGCAUGUCAUUGGAUUGUGGCAUGAACAUAUGCGGGAAGAUAGAGACCAAUAUAUUACUGUGCUCUGGGACAACGUUCAAAAAGGCAAGUUUCCAAAGUAUAAUAAGGUAUUAAUGCGUGAAGCCAAGGCUGAGCAGUUAAGCUGA